ACUUCACACAUGCUUCACCUCUCUUCUUUCUUUUUUUACACAUUUAUAAUUCGUUCUUACGAAUCUCAAAUAUUAAUAUUUCCCGUCAAAGAACAAACUGACACAAUUUCCCUUUCCCUUUAAUUAUUUCCUUAUUAUUAUUAUUAAUUCUCACAACCUUGCACCACAUACCACUCACGUGUCACUCUCCGACACUCCUCCAAUGAAAUUCUACAUGGUGAACUCUGUUUUCUCUUUGUCUUCAGCCAAUCAUUUCGAGUAUUGAUUUUUGAGGGAAACUAGCUAAGGAAAAAGUGCACGUUCGUUUGAUAUGAUAUAUUUUACAACUCAUGAUGAAUAUAUAGUUGGAGAGAUUGUGGUCACGGUGGCAAGCAAAAGCAAUAAUUGAUGUGUACAACAGAGUAAAAAACAAGAACAAAAGUGCAAGAGAAAAUGAAGGAGCCAGAGGAGCAUCAAGUGAAAUCAAGGCCACAACAAAAAUUUACACAACAUAGAAGGAGGAACAAUAGAAGAAGAAGCCAAAACAAGACAGAUAAGUUACAAGAAACAGGACAUGAUUCAAACAAGGUUUCAUAUCCUACUUGUAAGAGCAUUGUGUUUCCUAGUAGGCCUGGUUAUGGUCAGCUUGGAACUAAGUGUCUCAUCAAAGCCAACCACUUUCUUGUAGAUAUAUCAGUUUCUGACUUAAGCCAUUACAAUGUUAAAAUAAUACCUGAAGUAAAUUCUAGUAAAACAAGAAAGGCUAUUAUAUCUGAGCUUGUGAGGAUUCAUAGGAACACUGAAUUGGGCAUGAGGCUCCCUGUGUUUGAUGGAGGAAUAAAUAUUUACACUGCUGGUUUGCUUCCUUUUACAUACAAAGAAUUCAGUGUAAUUUUGAGUGAGGAUGAUUAUGUUACUGGCGGUACCAGGGUAAGAGAAUUUAAGGUGACAAUCAAGUUUGCAACUAGUGUUAGCAUGCAACAACUUAGGGAACUUCUUAAUGGAAAACAAGUGGACACACCACAAGAAGCACUUAGUGUCUUUGACAUUGUGUUGAAGGAGCUUGCAGCUAAAAGUUACAUAUCAAUUGGGAGGUUUCUCUAUUCUCCUGAUGUAAGGAAACCGCAGCAACUUGGUGGUGGGAUUGAAUCAUGGCGAGGAUUUUACCAGAGUAUAAGGCCAACUCAAAUGGGAUUAUCACUUAAUAUUGGUAUGUCAUCAAUGGCAUUUAUUGAACCACAACCUGUAAUUGACUUUGUUGCUCAAAUUCUUGGAAAAGAUGUGCACUCAAAACCAUUGUCUGAUGCAGAUCGUGUCAAGAUUAAAAAGGCCCUGAGAGGUGUAAAAGUUGAAGUCACACAUAGAGGAAAUUUUCGAAGGAAGUACAGAAUAUCAGGGUUGACUUCACAACCAACAAGGGAGCUUAUUUUUCCACUUGAUGAGCAAAUGAACAUGAAAUCAGUAGUUGAUUACUUUCAAGAAAUGUAUGGAUAUACAAUAAAAUAUUCUCAUCUACCUUGCCUUCAAGUAGGAAGUCAAAGGAAGGUCAACUAUUUGCCCAUGGAGGCAUGCAAGAUAGUUAGGGGCCAGAGAUAUACAAAAGGGCUGAAUGAAAAACAGAUAACUUCUCUGCUGAAGUUCUCAUGCCAGAGACCACGUGAACAAGAAACAGACAUUUUGCAGACAAUUCAACAAAACAAUUAUGGGAAUGAUCCCUAUGCAAAAGAGUUUGGUAUCAGCAUAGACAACAAGCUUGCAUCAGUGGAGGCUCGGAUUCUGCCUCCUCCAUGGUUGAAAUAUCAUGACAGUGGAAGAGAGAAAGAAUACUUGCCACAAGUUGGUCAAUGGAAUAUGAUGAACAAGAAAGUUAUAAAUGGAAGUACUGUAAGAUAUUGGGCAUGCAUCAAUUUCUCACGCAGUGUUCAAGAAAGUACAGCUUGUGGGUUUUGCCAACAGUUAGUUCAGAUGUGUCAAAUUUCAGGCAUGGAAUUUAGUAAGGAACCUGUGAUUCCUGUAUAUUCAGCAAGACCAGAUCAGGUCAAGAAGGCUUUGAAGUAUGUACAUACAGCUGCUCUAAACAAACUUGAUGGGAAAGAGCUAGAGUUGUUGAUUGCCAUUCUUCCAGACAAUAAUGGCUCUUUGUAUGGUGAUCUCAAAAGAAUCUGUGAAACAGAUCUUGGAUUGAUUUCUCAAUGCUGCCUUGCAAAAUAUGUAUUCAAGAUUAAUAGACAGUACCUGGCCAAUGUGGCACUAAAAAUCAAUGUCAAGAUGGGAGGAAGAAACACAGUACUUUUGGAUGCUCUAAGUUGGAAGAUUCCACUAGUUAGUGAUAUUCCAACAAUAAUAUUUGGAGCUGAUGUAACUCACCCAGAAUCCGGAGAUGAUACCUGCCCAUCCAUUGCUGCUGUUGUAGCCUCCCAGGACUGGCCAGAAGUAACGAAGUAUGCAGGAUUGGUUUGUGCUCAGCCUCACCGCGAAGAGCUCAUCCAAGACCUUUUCAAAUCUUGGAAAGAUCCACAGAGGGGUGUGGUUUAUGGCGGUAUGAUCAGGGAGCUUUUGCUUUCAUUUAAGAAGGCAACCGGACAAAAACCGUUGAGAAUAAUUUUUUACAGGGAUGGGGUAAGUGAAGGACAGUUCUACCAAGUUUUGCUAUAUGAGCUUGAUGCCAUCCGUAAGGCGUGUGCGUCUUUGGAACCAAGUUACCAACCUCCGGUAACAUUUGUUGUGGUUCAAAAACGGCAUCACACCAGACUCUUCCCAAACAAUCAUGAUGACAGAAACUGCACUGAUACAAGUGGGAAUAUCUUACCGGGUACUGUGGUGGACUCAAAGAUCUGUCAUCCUACUGAAUUCGAUUUCUAUUUAUGCAGUCAUGCAGGAAUUCAGGGUACAAGUAGACCAGCACACUAUCAUGUCCUCUGGGAUGAGAACAAUUUCACUGCAGAUGAGAUUCAGUCUUUAACUAACAACUUAUGCUACACCUAUGCAAGAUGUACGCGGUCUGUUUCUGUAGUGCCUCCAGCAUACUAUGCUCAUUUGGCAGCGUACAGAGCUCGAUUCUAUAUGGAACCCGAUCAUCCGGAGAUUGCUAAACUGCGAGGUGCAAGAUCCAAAGAUAGGACUGUUAGGCCACUUCCUGCAUUGAAAGAAAAUGUGAAGAAUGUAAUGUUUUACUGCUGAAUGAAGAGAAAAUAAAAUGGUUCCAAGUAGAGAAACAGUACCAGCAUAUAUAGGAAAGGGAAACUUAGUAGAGGUGAAAAAUGUUCCAUGUACAUUUCAUAUCAUAAUAAUCCAUCUUUACAUUGAAAUUUUUUAGUGUCUUAACAAGUUUUAGUUAGCUCAGUGUAGAGCAUUUUAAGAUAACAUAUCUAAUGUUGAGAUAGAUGAUAGAUCAUUGGUUGCCUAGAACAAUUACGUUCAUCUUUGUCUCAAUGCUCAGAGAUUGUGUACCUCGUUGAAUUCACAGUAAAGGCUCAAAGAACUCAAUUAGGAUCCAAAUGCUUCUUAAUGAGUAACAUUGAUUUUGAUCCUCGAAUAUGUCAGGCACUAUGGAUAUAGUCAUUGAAUUUAUCAAAAUUACAAUAAAAUUCUCAAA